CCUCCGCCUUGCUUCCACGUCGCCUUCUCUUGCAACUCAGGGUACAGCUGAACCUUUUCGACAAUUCUUCCCCGUGCGAGUUCCCGCGAGUCGUCGUCGCCCCUCCCAGAAAAAGCCGGCGGCGGGCGGUGACUUCCUGUCUUCUCUCGCGAAACGAGUCCUGUUCGCGAGCCUCCGAGGCGAAGUUUAGGCGCAGCUGAAAUGCAUCGGGGUGGACAGGCGAGAGAGACGCCGCGUGGAGCAGUAUUUUCAGCUGCAAGUCGAAGUCGCGCAAUCCCGAGGCGUGGAGAAGUCGAGAGGGAGCCACUGCGCGAAAAAGAACUGCGAAAGAACAAAGCAGCAGCUGCUGCGGAGAGAGGCGGCGCGCGGAAUGCGACGAGGAAACUUGAAAAUGACCUGGGGAAUGUCUCUCUGAAAAGUCAUACACACGCAGGAAAGUAAAACGCAGAUAGCUUCGACAAACAUCAAAACGCGGGUCACACCAAAACCAGUCGACCUGAGCACUCUGCAGCGAGGACUUGCUUCUGCCUCUGGCUGCAACUGAGGAAGAAAACCGUGGAACCACAGGGAGACACACUUCCAACAUUGUGGCGUCGCUAGGCGGCGUCGUUCUUUUUCGACGGACUGUUUGCUGAAGAGUGGACGGUAUUGUUUAGACAUUUGUCGCGGUAUUGUCUUCCUGUUUCUUCACUUUAGAGAUUGAAUGGUAGGACAGUUUCGAUCGGAUACACGCGAGAAAGCGCGAGAGAUCCCCAAAGAAGGGGGGAGACACACGACUGCUUCUGCAGGUGCAAUGCGAUGCUGUGGCAACGCGGUGCCGUUCGAAACUUUUUUUCGCAAUUUGUUAGAAGCCGUCUUCACAUUCGCUACAUUUUAUCACGCAAAAGCGGGGAGGAAAAAGAUGGAAAACGCGACCGACGCUUCCCGAAGGUCUGGCGAGCGCGUGACGCUGGAACCGAGAUGUACGUUCACCAGCCAGAAAGAGAGUUCCUGCUCAACGAACGCGACAGUCCAGAUCUGAUGUCCCUCCCAUUCGUUCUGGCGGAAUCGUCGGACUUCUCGUUCCUCCUGCUCUCCCUCCUUUCUCCUGGACCUCGUCACUUCGGAGUCGUUUCUCGGCAAUUUCUCCUCUCUCCCCUGUAGUCCGUUGCUGAUUUGCUACGCCGUUGUCCUCAUUCCGCGUCUUUUGCGUCAAUACGGCUGCGUCCUCCCCCUCCCGCCCGGUGUUUCUUGCUUCCCUCUGUCACUAUGGCACUGCCGUCGACCCCCGCUGUCGACCGCUCUGUUCUCCCCUUGAACGGCCUGUCUCCCGUCCAGGAAGAGUCUUCCUCCGGUCCGUUUCCUGUCGACUCCUGCGACCGCGUUUUCGGUCUCCCUACGAACUCCUUCGCCUCUGUUCUGCGGCGCGUCUCUUCCUUUGCGUCGCAGCCGGCGCUGUCUCUCCCCUCGGCCUUCUUCUCUCCCUCUCUGCGCGGCUCGCCUUCUCACUCGUCCACACCUGCAGCGGCCUCCUUCCGUCAAGCUGCGCUCUGCUGUGUGUCCACCGGGUGCUACAUCUUCCUUCUCGGCGCCUCCCUCCAGCCUUCUGUCUUUCCUCUCUUUCUUCUCGACCAGGCUGACGACGCGGGGCAACUCACCUCCGCAGACGCCGUCUCUGUCUCCUCGCCUCCUUCUUCGCUGCUUCCUCUCUGCGUCGCUCUCUUCUGCUCCUGUGCACCCUUUGCUCUGCUGUUUCCUCUCGCUGUCGUCUGGCUGUUUAACGCUGCAUGCGCGGGCCUCGCGGCUCUUCACCUGCGUCGGAAGCAAGGGGGGGUCGUCGUUGCCGCAACUCUCUUAGAUGUCCGGUUUCCACGUUCUUCUCGCUCUGCGGCGGAAGAGCCAGGAUCCCCAGAUGCAGCCUGUCUUGCCCUUCCUCCUCUCUGGGCGAAGGAAGCCUCCAAAUUCGCGUGGACAGACGAAACAGGAGGCCCCCCAGUCCUGCGCGACAACCACGACCGACGGGAUGUCUCUCUCGUAUCGGCUUCCACGGAAGGAGGACUCGCCAGCAUGUACGCACCUCCUGAUGUAAAUCAACAGACACAACGAAUGUCCUCAGACUACUUCGCAAAGCCAUCUUCCUCUUCUUCCGCUUCUUCCUCUUCUUCCUCUUCGUCCUCUUCUUCCUCUUCUUCCUCUUCUUCUUCCUCGUCUCGUCAGCCAGAGUUCGUCGUCCGUUCAAGAGAGUCUCCUCUGACCCUCGCGGCGGCCGCGCCGCCUGAUGCUAAGAGUCGAGAUGAGGCGAUUCGCCUCGCUGGAGUCUCUUCAAAGCGCAGGGCAGAUGGCGAAGGCGAGAGAGAGUUCAGAGACUCGCCUUCAAGUCGGAGGGGAGAAGAAGGCAGAGCGACGGAGGGCGCGAACGAAUGCCAUCCGCUGGUCCAGCUCACCACGUCAUUCGAAGGAUCGACGGUUCCGCCAGGAGAUCGGGGACCUUCCUUCUUCGGGCAAGGAAAUGGCUGCAGCGUCUCGUCACUCGUCAGAAGUCGACAGGGCAGUGUCGUCGGCGUCGACUCCCUUGCUUCGCUGUCCGAGAGUGACUUCGACGGCGCCUCCCUCCUCGUGUCUCUCGGCGUUCCUUCGCAGCAUUCGCCGGGGAGUCGAGAGCUUCGCCCAGGACGCGCGAACUGUGGAGACAAACUGAAUUUCAAACGCAGCUCCAGACGACGCGCAUCCAGAGAAGACUCUGAGCCGCGCGUUCCAGAACCUCCUGGGCUGGUCUUUCUCCGCUUCUGUUGGACGGCUGCGGCAGCGGGUGCGCGUCGCUUCUCACGGCAUCUCGCGUCCUGGUGCAGGUGCUUCUCGAGAACGGUUUCUGGCCCUCUGGCUAGACGCUUGGUUUCUCUCUCUGGGGUUUCACUGGCUGUGUGCGGCAGCGUCUUUGCGUGUCUGCACGAGCUUCUGCUUCUUCUCGCGUUUCGAGUGGAAGGCGCGAAACGCGUGGAGAUGUGGACGGCGCUCGCAUCGGUUUCCUAUGCAGAACUUCCCUUUCUGCUGCUUGUUGGAUCCUGCCUGCGAUGGUGGCGCCCUUGUCUCUCAUGCUCUCGAACACUCGGCGUUUCUCUUCUCCUCUGUGCAAACGUUCUACUCUGCUUCUCUCCCUUGUCGCUUUCGCCUCUGCCGCGGGCCAGCGUCGCCGACCUCGCUCGCCUUCUCUCCAACUCCUCUGCUUCUCUGACUUCCUUCACUUCUUCUCCCUUCGCCGGUCGACUUCCUGCGUCUCCACUGUCGUCAUCGAUCUCCGACGACGCCUUUUUCCUCCCUCGUGCUCCCACCGCGAUCUCGGAGUCUCCCCUUCCUUCGUCCUUGUGGAAUUAUGAGUUUCAGUCUUCGCCUUCCGCCGGAUUCACUCUGACUUCCGCAGCCGGUCUAGCUAUCUCUCGGGAUGGAACGUCUCUGACUUCGACACUGCCUCCUCCGUCUUCUUUCUCGCUACGUUCAAGCCCACUCACUGUCUCCUCUGUCUCCUCCUCUUCCUCUCCUUCUUCCUCUCAGUCAUCCUCUCUCUCUUCUUCUCCCUCUGCUCCUGUCUCCUCUUCUUCUCCUCCCCCCUCUCCUGUCUCCUCUUCUCCUCCCCCCUCUCCUGUCUCCUCUUCUUCUACUCCCUCUUCUCCUGUCUCUUCUUCUUUCUCUAUCUCCCCUUCUUCGCCUUUCCCCUCGGUUUCCUCUCCUGCGUCCUCUGUUUCUUCUCUGUCGUCUUCGUCUUCAGUUGCUAUGCCUGAGAAAAGCUCGUCGUCGUCUCCGGAUUCUUUGCUCGAUUCUGGAAAGUCUCCGAGAGGCGCAAUCGUUCCGCCUGCGACGCUGCCCUCACCCGAGGCUCUCACAACCGACUUCGUCGAGGCGUACGAUUGGCAGAAAAACGAGAAAACGAAGUCACGAAUCUCUUCUCCAGAAACGUCAGAGGCCGCCCCAGGUCUGAAGCCGUCGCGUAAAAACGGGGAAAAAAGACGAGACGGUGAAGCGUCCUCGCACUCUCAGUUGGCGACAAAAAAAGACUCCGGCACCGGGCCUGCGGAGAUGCACGCAGCGGCGAUGUUGUUUGCUCUCGGCGCCUUGUUCGCCUCUCUCGUAUCGAGUCUUUCGCUGGCUCUGGCGAUUCACACAGGCCUCUCCGUUUUAACGGCGUGCAUUCUUCGAUUCUUUACUCAGGGCGUUAUGGGGUGUCUAGGCAUUGUCUACGGCGUAGCCUGGGGUCACUGGGUAGACCGUGAAGGCUUGGCGUCUGCGAUGCCUCCGUCAUCCCCGCUCGCCGCGGCAGCUGCGUGCGUCGGUGCAUGCAUUUUCGGCCUUUUGGCCACUGUUUCGUUCUUCAAGAGUGCCUCGCUUCCGGUCCUGCCCUUGAGCAGCGGCAUUCGUGGCGGGUGCUGGGCGAUUGUCGCGCUGCUCGCUCUGGGCCUCCACCACGCACCGUUGCCGAGGCCUGUCGUCCUUCUCCUUCUCUUGGCGUUGACUGGAUCCCUGCUUUUUGGAUGGAGUUGCAUGCGCAUGGAGUUCUCCAUCGCGAACACACCCGCGCCCGAUGAAGCCGGGGAGUCGACGCCGCGGAUCUUCCGGCUUCCCGCGUCGGACAAGGCGUUCGCGACCUCUCUCUGUGAAGGCCUGUUGCCCGCCAAGGGUGCAGCGUCUGAGCGGGAUAGGAGAGGAAGCGCAGAGCGGUCGACGAGAGCAGACGGAGGACGGGAGACCGGCGACUGGGACCGAGACGAGAGCCCAGGGUGGUAUCGUCGAGGCCGCGCCGAAGAACACAGAGAGAGUGUGGGCGAACAGUACUGCGCUCACGAGGAUGACAGUAUCGGCCCUUUGCCCGCGCGCUGUGACACAUGCGGAGAGGAUCUCCAGGUGGAAGCUCUCUUGGAGAGAAGCCGGUCGCGGGUACCAGUCGGCUAUUCGGGAGAAUUCGGGCGUUUUGAUGUUCUAGGUGAAAGUGUGGGAUGCGAGGCCGUGGAGAGCGAGUGUCGAGUCUGCGCCCACGACGACCAGUGAGUCGCAUGUGCAGAAGCAGCUGAAGAAGGCUUUUCAGUUCAAGAAAAGGUUGGCGCGAUGCGCUUGCGACGCCGGAGGUGGUCAAGCCGGUCUCCUGGAAACGGAGGACGCGUGCGAUGAAAAACGGAAGUCCACAGAGGAACGAACUCCGUGCCAGGACUGAAACUGGAUCGUGAAAAAAGGGCGUCAGGCCAAUAGGGGUGUAUAUGUGUAGAGAGAGAGAUUCGUAUGAAAGGGCAACGUGUUUGUUUGCUCAUGGCUGUUUUCUGUGUCUUGGUGUUUGUCUGCUUGUCGUUGAGGUAACGCCUGUAAUUUUGAUCUUCACGGCAGUUGAAGCCUAGUCAGCCUUGAGGUAGAAGAUCCACGGAGGGAUGCCGUCGGCAGUGACGAUGAGGCGUCCUGUGUGAAAACGCAGACGAAUAUCGCAGAAAGGCGAGGGAUUGCAUCAGACAAGCUGUAUCCAGUUUUCCCCGGCGAGCUCAGCACUGGCGGAUAGUUGCCGAGUGUUUGAUGAGCUAGCAGAACUUCAGAGCCGGAAACAGGACGCCUGCGGCGCACCCUGUGGAACCCCCGUGAGCCCCGACCUGCUCUCGCCACGGACUGACACCCACAGAAAAGAGAAGCGAACGAGACAGGAAGACGCAAGCCGCUGUGGCAACUGGAGUGCGAGCUCGCACAGGCGGCAGAAACCUCCAGUUGCCGACGGACGCUCACUCCUCGCACACCCAGACUGGAAAACGAGACCCUCCAGGACCCCCCGUCGCUCUCUCGGGGGUCGCCUGCCUCACAUGCUUCGUUUCUGUCAAACGCGACACGGACUCAGCCUAGCCGCUAAAAGGCCGCUUCGCCUUUCACGCCCAGAGAGAAACGAGAAAUGAUCACAGACGACUUCUUUUUCCACAGAAGUCUGACGAGUGUAGUCUCUCCCGCGAGAGUGAAGAGCGGGCGCGCGCCACCACACGGAACGAGGCUUUCCUCGGUAUGUCCUCCAGGGAUGUCGAGCGAAUUAUCUUCGGCAGUUCCUCACCUGCAUCGCGCGCGUCGGGCUUCACCUGAACGCUGAUCGUAGUCGAUUUCCUUGCCUCGAGUUUCACCACUUUCUUCUCCACAGAGAAACACGGCCGGUCGACCUGGCGCCGCGAAGGACAGAGAGAGGAUUUUCCAGUUACAGAAACCGCUUUGGUAGAAAAAAGACUUGCGACCUUCGGAGCGAAGCGCUCGCAUGCCGUUCGGCUGGACGUCAGUUAGGCGAGGAGACCCAUGCGCAGUCUUUCAACGAACGAAGGAGUGGCAACGUAUCCACUUAGGUCCACCUUCCUACGAAACGCGUUUCCCCAAAUAUUUACACACCCUGCUGCAGUAUCACAGAUUUGUUUUUGACCAUGUUCGGGUCUGCGAACGUGUCAAUAUUGUUCACGCG